AUGUCCUUGGUCGGGAACAUCAUCGCCACAGCCUUCGCCGGUGACCCCUCCGUGAUCAACUACGACAUGUUUGUUGCCACCUUCGGAAUGCUCUCUCUUUUCUACCUGAUCGCGAUCGCCUUCAACGACGGGUUCACUGGGCAUCCAAUCAUUCCAGUCGUCCUUGAUGCCCUUAAUGUCAUCUUCUUCUUCUGCGCAGCCGUCGCCAUGGCUGCCGAGCUCGGCGCACACUCUUGCAGCAAUUCUUCAUACACAGCUUCCAACAAGAUUACCAACGGUUCUCACGACAGGGCAGGCCGGUGUCGUGAAGCCCAAGCCUCGACCGCCUUCUUGUGGUUCGCAUGGGCCUGCUGGACGGCUAGCUUGGUCUUCUCUCUGCUUGAUGCCCGCAGUGGCGGUGUGAAUUUGAGGACCUCGGGUAGAAGAGGUGCGCCCGUCAUGUCUCAGGUGUAA